GCCAUGGGUGUCGUCUCCAGCUGCUGCGAGUCAUGCUUCCAUUCACGCAAAUCGCAGUCAUAUGAGCCCCUGCUCCUCGAGAACGAACGGGAGGCUGUAGCAGACCUUUUGCAAUACCUAGAGAACCGCACGACGACCAACUUCUUCUCGGGAUCACCACUUUCCGCGUUGACCACACUUUCUUUCUCUGACAAUGUCGACCUCCAGCGGAGUGCGGCUCUGGCGUUUGCUGAGAUUACGGAGAAGGAGGUGCGACCGGUCGGGCGGGAUACGCUCGACCCCAUCCUCUUUCUGCUCAGCAGCCACGAUACGGAGGUACAGCGGGCGGCCAGUGCCGCAUUGGGCAACCUCGCCGUCAACACCGAUAACAAGCUCCUUAUCGUGAAGCUAGGCGGUCUUGAGCCUCUAAUCCGGCAGAUGCUCAGCCCGAAUGUUGAGGUGCAGUGCAAUGCUGUCGGGUGUGUAACGAACCUGGCGACGCAUGAUGACAACAAGACGAAGAUUGCGAAAUCAGGUGCACUUGUUCCGCUCACCCGCCUUGCACGUUCCAAGGACAUGCGCGUACAGCGAAAUGCGACGGGUGCACUUCUCAACAUGACCCAUUCUGAUGAGAAUCGGCAACAGCUUGUCAAUGCGGGCGCAAUUCCGGUUCUGGUCAGUCUUUUGAACUCGCCCGAUACUGAUGUCCAAUACUACUGCACCACCGCGUUGAGUAACAUCGCCGUCGAUGCUACGAAUCGUAAGAAGCUGGCGCAGAGUGAGCCCAAGCUGGUCGCCAGCUUGGUGCAGCUCAUGGACAGUCCUAGCCUUAAAGUCCAAUGUCAAGCAGCGCUUGCUCUACGGAACUUGGCUAGUGAUGAGAAAUACCAACUGGAGAUUGUCAAGGCGGAUGGCCUCCAGCACCUCUUACGCCUGCUCCAGUCCACGUACCUUCCUCUUAUCCUCUCUUCCGCUGCUUGCGUUCGGAAUGUGUCGAUUCACCCUCAGAACGAGUCGCCGAUCAUCGAGUCGGGCUUCCUGCAGCCUCUGAUUAACCUCCUAUCGUUCAAGGACAAUGAGGAGGUGCAGUGCCAUGCUAUCUCGACGCUGCGAAACCUUGCGGCUAGCUCGGAGAAGAACAAGCAGGCGAUUGUGAAGGCGGGUGCGGUGCAGAGCAUCAAGGAGCUUGUUCUCGAGGUUCCCAUGAACGUGCAGAGCGAGAUGACCGCCUGUGUAGCGGUUUUGGCGCUGAGUGACGAGCUGAAAGGCCAAUUGCUUGAGAUGGGCAUUUGUGAAGUACUUAUCCCUUUGACGAAUUCGCCUAGCUCGGAGGUACAAGGCAACAGCGCUGCUGCGCUGGGUAACCUGUCUUCGAAGGAUGGCCGCACGGCCAAUGAUGAUUAUUCUGCAUUUAACGACGUCUGGGAGAAGCCGGACGGUGGCAUGCACCGAUACUUGUACCGCUUCCUCACCAGCCCGGACGCGACCUUCCAACACAUCGCUGUAUGGACUAUUGUACAGCUCCUAGAAUCCGAAGACCCGCAGCUCAUCAACAACAUCCGCGGUUCAAAUCUGCUUAUUCCUAACAUCCGCCAGCUUGCCGAGACGCGCACGUCGACUCCCACAUCCUCAAUCGGAGGCACGCCGCACUCGCACCACUCGCAUAGCCACUCGUACGCGGACACUGAGACCGGCGAGGGGCAGGGCGAGAUCCAGCUGCUCGCGCGGCGGAUCCUCGAGAUCACCGAAGGCGACGAUGACGGCGCGAUGACGCCUAGUGCCGCCGCAUCGCAGCUGCAGUCUACAUCGCUGCGCGAGCACGAGGGCAGCGUAGGGCGCGAGCAUGAGGAGCUGCGCAAGAGCGUGCGGGAGGCGUUCUCAGGAGGCUCUCUCGGACAUUGAGGUAUUUAUGAUCGUGCUCCCGUGCUCUUAUGCCGAGGACAACUUAUGUUGUAGCGCCACUGCGCUGCGCGAACAAUGACCUCGGGGCGGCCGGGGACGCCCCUCCCGGCUUCACUGCUCGUAGAUUUCCGUCGACCACCACCCUGCCUACUUUCCCGUAUGCACGCCUGUCUCCGCAUGUCUUUAUUUCCCUGUUCGUUCCCAACUCUUCCGUACCGUCUCGGAGGUCGUCGUGGCUGUUGCAUUUGGCUCGUUUUUGUUCCAUAGGAGUUACUCGAUGCACUGCAUGUUUUCGCUUGCCGCCUGCUGGUGUGUGCCGCAGGGUGGUGCCCUGAUCGUGACGACGUUGACGACUAUAUAUAUAUGCUAGUAUGACAUGGCUUUGUGACCUAUUAAA